GAUGCUCCACUGCAGUAAGGAUGGGACUUCAUCUCCUAACAUAUUGUUAAGUUAGACUUGUGAUAUUUUGGACAAACGAGACAAGCAACCAUGAGGGACAGACUGGACCAUCUGCAGACCUUCUCAGUGUCAAGCAGCCAUGUGGAGGAGAUGGAAUCAGAUUCAUUCAGCAAUGUGGACCUGGAGGAGGACUUCGCACAGCAAGCUGUCAUUUUUGACAACAGCGAGAAGAUGGAGUUUGUGCUCGACGUGGCUCAAGAAACCAGACGUGAGAUUCAACUCAUCCGACAUGAGGUCAAGCGUCUAAAAGAUCAAAACACACGCCUUCUUAGUGAACCAACUCGUACAACUCACAUAAAGCAAGACGCCAACGUCAUCGUUGAUGGGAUCAAGACCCGUGGAGAAGACAUCCUAGCACGCCUUCAGAAGAUGGAUGCUGAAGCCAAAAAUCUAGAAGAGGAUAAUGGCGUCAACUCGGCUGUGGCAAGAGUUGCCCGGACACAGUACGCCAGCCUGAGCAACAGCUUCCGUGACGCGAUGACAGAAUACAAUGAUGCAGAGAUGAGCCACAAGGAGAACUGCAAGCUUCACAUUCAGCGACAAAUGGAGAUUGUGGGAAGAGAUGUUUCUGGUGACCAGAUUGAUGAGAUGCUGGAUAACGGUCAGUGGAACAUCUUCAGUGAUAACUUUAUCUCGGAAGGUAAAACAGCCCGCUCUGCACUCAACCAGAUUGAGAGUAGACAUCGGGACCUGCUGGAUCUAGAAGGUCGACUCAAGAGCCUUCACGACGUCUUCCUGGAUGUGGCCAUGCUUGUAGAGGAACAAGGACCUAUGACAGACUACAUAUUAAACAAUGUUCAAAAAACUGAUGCUAAGCUUGACGAAGUCCUUGUUAAACUGGAACGGGCAAAGAGGUAUGACAAUAACAACCCGUUCAAGAAACUGUUCUGUGGAUGCUGCCCAUGUGCAAAUAACUGAGACUGUUGAUCAGAAACUGGAUGACUGUGUGAAAUUGUAUCUAGGAUGUCAAGAAUGGGAGACCAGAAUAGAGACUAGUCUAUAUGGAGACUGAAAUGGAGAGAUCACAAAACCUGACUGAUACUGCUAAAAAACAGCUAAAGUCUUGCCUUUGAAUAACUACAUUCCUAAAUAUGCUUAACAUUUACAUUCCUAUUUAUGUCAUUAUUCUAACCUCGUUAAACUAAAUAUGCACUGUUCCUGACUGAGCCGUCUGUUGGGUAAAUGAAGAAUUUGCCAUGUUUUGCGAUGCAAGUAUUCUAACAAUCUCGAUGAUGUCUUCAUGAGAUACGUUUUGUAACCAUUUAGAUGCUUCACACAACUAAAGCAUCCUUGCUUCUAGAAAAUAACAUGAAUAUAUUACGCCAAUGAGACUAAUGAAACAUUAAAUCACAUUUUUGGUUCCUAAGUAAUGUAUGCAAGAACCAAACUUCAAUAAUAAUAGAAUAAUCAAUCUAAAUUCUACUUUUGAAAAAGAAGGGUACCAGUGAAAUUCCU